AUGAGAAUGUUGAAACCAUUGGCGUUAUUCAUUCUCAUCUUGUGCACUAUCCAGCCAAACAAUGCAGAAGAUAUAAUAGAAGAAUCUUGCCAUAGGGCUCCUAAAUAUUUUUUGGAAUGUGUUAAGUACGUGAAACCCUAUCAACCUAGUCCAAAAAAUCCCAUAGAGGUAGUAAUAACCAUGUUUAAUAUAAUGAGAGACAAAGCAGAUACUACCUCAACCAAAAUCAGUCAAGUUCUUGCAGGUAAAGCUCGUCCUGGCACUCGUGAAUAUGAAGCACUUGAGCAAUGUGAUAAUUCAUACAAAGACAUUGAAACAUCUGAUUAUCAAAAAGCCCGUUAUAGUAUAGCCAGAGGAAAUCCUAAAUUUUCACUGGACACUGCAAAUGAUGUGUUACGGAAAGUCAGUAAAUGUGAGGUGACAUUUUAUGGGAGAGCUGGUGGUGACAUACGCACACCACUCACUGAUGAGAAUAAUGAGAUGACACUUGUUGUAACCAUAGCAGCGCAGAUUCUCGGUUCAUUAUUGUAA